ACGCCCCCCCGCCGGAUGCUAUGAGGCCCCGAGUACCUGCCUCUCGCGUGCUCGGAGCCCCUCGGGGUCGCCGGAAAUAGGGAGUCCCCGAGUUCCAGGAACGCGGACGGCGUCGUGCAAGUAGCCGCUUUGCAGCGCUCACAGGGCGGGCGCGCGGCCCCGCCGGGGGUUCAGCGGGAGUGAGCGAAGCUUGAAUCAUUCUCCGCCAGUGAGCGGCGGAAACGCGGCCACCUGGCAGCUCUGGAGGCCUCUGCCCGCGGCCACUUCCUGACAAGGAUUAGAUUCUGGACCCGCUCAACUGGAUUUUUAUUAUCCCCCCUGGAGGAGCAGGUGUCACAAGAUUGAGGUCAGGGCCGGAAGAGUUAAGGCUUGGGAGUAAAAUGCAUCCACAUGCCUGGGGAUUACGGAGUGAUGGGUGACGAUAGCUCUAUCGAUUACAGCGUUCACGAGGCCUGGAAUGAAGCCACCAACGUCUACUUGGUAGUGAUCCUCGUCAGCUUUGGUCUCUUCGUGUACGCCAAGAGGAAUAAGAGGAAAAUUAUGAGGAUAUUCAGUGUGCCACCUACAGCAGGAACCUUGUCAGAACCCAACUUUUAUGACACGAUGAGCAAAAUUCGUUUAAGACAGCAACUGGAAAUGUAUUCCAUUUCAAGGAAGUAUGAGCAUCAACAACCACAAAACCAAGCUGACAGUGUGCAGCUCUCACUGGAAUGAAAUCUCAGAAAAUGAACAGCAUAAAUAAUUGCUAAACAGUAUUGUAGCAAGCUCCUAAUUCCACCAAGUCAUGAACAGCAUCUUUAAAAAGUCUUCUGUCUCCAUACGAUAAUUUUCCUUGUGAUCUUUAUCCAACAUUUUUGGUGUAUUUUCUUUUACUUUUUUAAAAUUGCAUCUCUGAGUCGUUUGUUACACAAAUAAAAAAUGGCUCAGAAGACCUGAAAACGGGAAGAAAGACUGUAACCACAGAGGUGGUAAUUUUACUUUGUGAACACUUUUGAUUUCUUCAAGAUGCAAUCAGGAGUGAAAACCCAUCUUUGGAAGCGAGACUAUGAAACUUAUGCCACUUGGAGCUCAAAUUUUUGCAAAAUAAAACAUGGAAAUCCAGUCUUGGUAUAAUUUCCUCUCAGAUUGUGUUCUGUGAUAAAUGUAACAUGGAUAACUGACUGAUUUGUGUUCUCAUUGGUGUCGGUUACUACUCUUUAAUUGAAUUACUACUUGCUUCUUCAGAACUUGCACAGUGGACUGUCUUUCUAUAUCAGGAAGCAUACCCAUCUGCUGAUUAUGGAAGCCUUCUGGAAUUUUCCCUUCAUGUGUUCUUAGGAGUUCGUUUGCUUUUUUCUUUAAUCCCAGAGUUUCAUUUCCAUCACAAGAGUCUUCUUUCGACCAUACUGGGGCCAUGUUGCCAAAUAAAUGGGCACUUCUAUAACUGUUGUUAGCAACUUGCUUUUCAUCGUAAGACUGUCGAUGUUUAACGCAACUGUCUGGUUUCUUAUGUUUUCUUAGCAUAAUAAGCUUCCCUGAAGACUCCUAUCUUGUACCAUUUUCUACUGUACGUUGAAAUGUUUUUACCUCCUUUGUCGUAGUUAAGUAAAAGCUGAUUCAAGGUAGUGGCAGGGAAGUUUAACUGUCCAGUUAACUGGCCAAGAAUUAGUUUUAUGAGCCAAAAUAUUCUUAAUUCUAGGAGUUAAGGUUAAUCUGUCAGCUUUAUUUUCUUUUCCCUUUCUAGUUGUAAAGUAAAAGAAUAUAAAUUUUAAAUGAAAGGGUUUAGGCCAAAUAAAAUCAGGGAAAUCGCAUUUUCUUUUUAAAUUACAUCAUUCAAAAAUGUAUAUACUGUCUGAGGUAAAUUGUUGACCAAAUGGAGCAAUUCUUCCUUAACUCACAAGUGAGUGAAUGCACUCCUAUACAAAGGAUGAAGAACCAUGUAUAACUACAACCGUGUAAAAUUAAACAGUUUUAAUUACAGGCUGGGGGUAGCAGAGUGGCAAGGAGACGGCCUUCUUAAACUCUACUUUCCUUAGGAGACACCAUGUAUUUCCAUCAGCAGAGGAUGAAACCGAGCAGGAACAGUGUACUUGCUGUCCUUGAGGUGUGACACAAUCUGGACCAAUCACAAACCUGGCCAUCUCAGAUUAUUUGUAUAGUGUAUGUAAAUAAAUGUAAAUCACAAUGA